GCAGCGUGCUUUCAAGUUGUGUUUGCUUUGUAAUAGGAUCCAUCAAGGCUGCAGGAGAGAAAAGGAUGGAGGCAGACAGACAGACUUGUUAGAAACCAUGAAAGAAGGAUGGCAUGACACCAAAUUUUUCUGUAGAACUAGAGUCUAGACUCCCUGGAGAGCAGUAGAAGCAUUAUUCCACCACUUGUCAGAAAGGGUUAUAGUUAUGGCAGUUUUACAAGAUCCAUUUGUAAAGUUACCCCACUCUUAUUUUGGUGGUCCAGUUUGUGACAUCACUUCCUCUAGAUAGUCACUUCCUGUAAAGCCGUUUCUACCAUUUUGUCCAAGCUGUUGGUGAUGGCAGACAGCCUCGUGUGCGUUCAUGACUGAUAUACCACACGGAACCACAGAAAUGUACAGAUGUCCAUACUUCAACUGUCAUUAAAUACGUAAAACUGUCUCUCCGUGCCCUGCUCUCUGACCGGAGCCCUUAUCUUGAAGAUACUGUCAGAUCAGCAAAUAACUUCCAGAGUUCCCACUCUAUCACAUGGUCCUUCGAGCCGGAUCCACAGUCAUCUAGAGAUAUUAUGGAGGACCCAGGACAACCAUCUGCAGACCCAGCAGUGCGUUCUAGAUCCCAGCGGGAGAGACGACUACCAACGUAUUUGGAGGACUAUGAAGUUGGAUAUCAACCUCAACUUCUCCAUCAUCCAGCAGCCCAAGCUCCAGCUGGGCAUGAAGCUCAUCCUCCAGAUCAACCUGCAAUGAUGACAGCUGCUAUCACUGGAGCCAUACCUAGCCUACCUAGUAGGAGAGCAUCAUCAGAUCGAAGCCAAUCUGUCUCUCAGCGCAGUAAAGCUAAGACCCAGGGAAGCGCCAGUUCGUCAACAAGGAGGUCAAUCAUCGAUGGGUUGUCUGACAUACAGACAGCCAUGUUGGAGGAGAGAAUAAAGCGCAUGGAGUUGGCAGAGGUGCAAAGACAGAUAAUGGAGGAAAGUCUGAUGGAUGAACAGUACCAGCAUCUGGACCAGCAAGCUCGGGAAGCCCUCAGAAGAAGAGAGGAACUCCUAAGAGAACAAGAAAUACAGAGGCGUAAGCUUGAUGAAGAGGCAGAAAUAGCAUUAAAGGCAAAGGAGGCUAUUACCAGACGGCUAAUGCUGCAACGUAAACUAAAGGAAAAGGAAAUAGAGUUAGAGAAAGCGACUCUCAUUACAUCCCUCCUGAAGGAGGAAAUGAGCAGCUCUGUUGCCUCAAGACCGCAAAGUGGAGAUGAAUCCAACAAAGGGUCCCCAGCUGACGUCAUGGGAGAACCAACACCCUCACAAGGUGCACAUGGACCUGCACACUCUGCUCCUACAGUUAUUGGCCCUCCACCAGCCUUUACAGCAGCAGUGCCUAAUCCUCCUGUCUCAACAAGCCAAUUAACAACUAGAGCUUCGCCUAUCCUUCAACCGCAACCUCCUGCCAUGGUGAACCUUCCGACCCAGCCACAAUUCACAUACUCCAUGACAGCUCCUCCUCCAGGCUCAAUCGCUGCACCUAGUACAGACCUAAUGGAGCUAUUAAUAGCUACUUCAUAUGGACUUCCUAAGCCUGCUUUACCCUACUUCACAUCUGGAAGAGAGGCAGACUUUGCACUGCUCAAGAUGGCUCUAGAUAACCUGCUAAGCUCACAUGCUCACCUCACCUCACCAUUUAAAUAUCAAGUGUUGUUGCAGCAUUUGAAGCUGCCUAGUGCUCACAAGCUAGCACAAUCCUUUAUGUAUGACCCGAAACCAUACACAUCGGCCCUACAGGCACUUCAAGAUAAAUACGGGCAACCCCGCCAGCUUGUGCAAAGUGAGCUAGGAGCCAUCCUAAACUUACCUCCAGUUAGGUUUGGUGAUCCAGAUGGAUUUGACAAUUUUGCCCUCUCAGUACAAGCUUUAGUAGGCAUGCUCCGAUCGCUAGAGGGUGAAAAUGGCUACGAACUUAAAUGUGGCUCUCAUGUUGAUAGGCUGCUUAACAAAUUGCCCGCUAACUACAGAGACAGCUUUGUUGAGUAUAGCUUGAACUGCGGCAUUCUGACAACUGGCACUGAUAAGACUUAUACCCUGUCAGAUUUCUCCACAUGGCUCCAGUUGAAAUCACAAGCCAAGCGAAUCGCCGCUAGAGCAGCGUACAUGUGUCAAGAUCAACCAAAGCUGAGGAAUCAGAAGAAACCUCAGGGUCCUUCAUCCAAUGUGUACUACAACACAGAGAGCCAGGCUAAAGCCACACCUCCAGAUCCAGCUGGCCAUAUAAGAUCACCUAAGCUUAAAUCAGGUCCUAAACCUUACUGCCCUUAUUGUGACGACAGAGGACAUUACCUGAGCCUGUGUCCUAAAUUCAAAGCUCUUUCAGCAGCUGAAAUUGCCACAUGGAUCAAACACAGAAGCUGCUGGCGGUGCGGCAGGAAUCGUGCACCUGAGGUUUGCACUCUAAAGAAGCCCUGUAAAUUAUGUAAGCAACAACAUCUUACUGUGCUCCAUGACGUGUGCCCUCAAGAACCUAAAAAGGUGUUAAUGGUCAACGCUGCUCCCAAUACAGUGUACACUGACCGUCCAAAUCGCCCAAAUAAAGUCAUGCUCAAGUUGGUCAAAGUAUGUCUACACAAUGCUGAGUAUUCCCUGGAAGGCUUUGCUAUCCUCGAUGACUGGUCCGAGAGGACUCUUAUCCUCCCAUCAGCAGUGCGACGCCUCCAUCUGACCAGUGUUGGGAACGUUACUUUAAAAAAGUAAUUAGUUAUAGUUACUGAUUACUUUGUCAAAAAAGUAACUCAGUUACUAACUGAGUUACAAGAUCAUAAAAGUAACUAAUUACCAACAAAAGUAACUACUUAGUUACUUUUUUCAUUAAAGAAUGCAAGAAUUACUACAAUAGUAAAAUAUAAAUGACUAAUGACUGAACAUAAUAAAAUGAAUGUCCAAAUGUUUUAUAUAAACCUGAAUAAACAAAUAAGCACUUAACAGGAGGAACUACUAAUAGGAACAUUACACUAAUCUAGACUAUUAAAAGGUCACUGUGUGAUAUUUAACAAGACCCCAAUCAGCUAAAAUUUAAAAUUGCAAAUAGAAACACCUGUAAAGGUUCCCGAGCCUUUAAAUUGUCUCUCUGUCUAGUUAAAUUACAGAAAUAAAUGUAAUUUUGCACAGUAUUCUAAUUUUUCCAGCUUCACAUAAUUGUGUGUUUUUAGCAGCAUUUCUGUUGCUGCUAAUCUAGUAACGGUUAAAUAAAUAAAUAAAUAUCCUUUAAAAUGACACUAGAACAGGCACUAGAAGAUCUGAUGGAGGACUUACAUUUACUAACGUGGGUCAGACCCAACCACAGAUGAGCUGAAGCUGGGUGGUAAACACACACAGGUAGUUCUAAUAACACCUGAGCUCCAUGCCGUCUGAGACAGAUGCAUCAGUGUUACAGCGGGACUAAAGACAUGAUCAGAAACAGGUUACAGCUGGAUGAUCUAGGAAGGUGGAAGAUCAGGACGUCUGAGCGGUGAACAGGUGAGCGGACCUUCGGGACGUCCCCCUGUCAUGCUAAGGGCACGGCGGCAGACCCGCAGAUUUGUUGCUGCAGCAACAAAUCUGCGGGUCUGCCGCCGUAGACUAUUCAUCACGUCUUCCUCGUUCUUCACGGGCCGUGAUACUCUUAAACAUCUGCCUCUUUAGCUUCUGAUCAGCUGACAGCUUCAACACACCGCGCUGCUUAACGCACGCAUUUUCUUAUCAGUAACAGGAACGACGUUUUGAUAAAAGAAGACGUAAUUAAUUAGUUUGCUCGUUACAGAAAGAAAUAUUUUUAUUAACGCGGUCAUUUUAAACGGAGUUAUUCCCGUUGUGUCUACAGAAUGCAGUGACUGAGACCGUGAGGGUCUCCGCCCACCCGGCCAAUCAUCGUGUUUGUAAGUGCGUUACCGACACCUCUCUCUCCCUGGCUGCAGCUGAAGUGUCUGGCUGCAGCUGAAGUGUGGCGGUCAGAAAGCCUCACGCUGCUGCUCAACAUUCUACAAGCACAUAGUAAUGCACAACGUUCCGUCCCCAGUAACGGUAACGGCGUUGCAACGGCGGGAAAAGUAAUUAAUUAGAUUAUUCCGUUACCUAUAAAAGAACGCCGUUAGAAACGCCGUUAUACUUAAACGGCGUUACUCCCAACACUGCAUCUGACUAAAGAGCCUGAAAACCUUCCCCUGCGCACUGUCCGCCAUGAGGUGAUUCACCUUCAGGGAGCAACAGUUUCAUUUGAAAUAUCCCCAGUCCACACUCCCAAAGUAAAGUACAGCAUUCACCAUGCCUUCACUGCUGAUGAACUAAGUCUCUCAGAACACAGCUACCCUGUAAAGUCAAUCAUGCGAAAGUACUCCCAUCUGGGAGGACUUCCACUUCCACUUGUGGACAGAGUGCAGCCUUUACUUCUUAUUGGGUCUGAUUUCCCUCAUCUACUCAUCCCUAAGCAACCAGUAAUAGCUGGCCCACCUGGGAGCCCCCUAGCAGUGUGCACGCCUCUUGGUUGGACAUUACAAGGCCCAGCCAACUUCAGUCCUGUUUCUGCUGACCACCCACACUGCUACUUCACCACAUCUCCCAACUCAGAGCUCCAGCGCCAUGUAGAACGUCUGUGGGAAGUUGACGUCUCGCCUUAUAUGAACAUAAAGACUGCCACGCGUUCUAAAGAGAUCAACAGGCUGUGGACCUGUUAGAGCAACGCACCAAUAAAGUGGAAGUGGAUGCAGUGACUAGAUAUGCUACUCCACUUCUCAGGCGCAAGGAUAGUCCCCUCCUCUGGGCAUCAAAGAACACAUUGCUCCCACAGCUACGUAGUACUGAACGCCGUCUGGCUAAAGAUCCAGCUCUGGCAGAUACCUACUGUCAAGAAAUCCAUAAAUUUGAACAGUUAGGUUAUGCCAAACCUCUUCCUUCAGCUACAGUAGACAGCUCCCAGGAGUCUUGGUAUCUGCCUCACCAUGAUGUCCACCAUAAUGGAAAGGCAAGAAAGGCCUACAAGGUGAUGGCCACGCAGUAUGACCCACUGGGCUAUCUUAUCCCAUUCACCACUCAAGCCAAGAUCCUCAUCCAGGACCUGUGGAAAGUGGGAGUCGACUGGGAUGAGCAGAUUCAACCCAAGGCUCUACUGGAAAUAUGGACACAAUGGGAGGGUGAGCUGGUCUACCUCCCACAAGUGGAAAUCCCAAGAUGCUAUGUUCCAGCAACCUUGGCCCCUGAAGUGCCUAACAGACAAGCGCACAUCUUCUGUGAUGCCUCCGAAAGAGCUUACGGAGCAGUCGAGUAUAUUCAAACUCUCGAUAACCAGGGCAUGUUCACGUUGCAUUUAUGAUGGCUAGAUCUCGUGUUUGCCCUCGAAAACAGCUGUCAAUGCCACGCCUUGAACUGUGCGCAGCUCUAGCAGGAGCUCAGCUGGCUAAGGUCACAAUGACAGAGUUGUCAUUCUCUCCCCAGCAGAUAACACUAUGGACCGACUCAACUACAGUGUUGACAUGGCUGAAAUCAGACUCAAGUCGAUACAAGGUUUUUGUUGGAACGAGGGUUGCUGAAAUUCAAGAACUUACCGAAGGGUCAACUUGGCGGUAUGUCAGCACCUCUGAUAAUCCAGCAGAUGACCUUACCCGCGGGAAGACACUCCAUGAGCUCAGUCAGCCCAACCGGUGGAGUCAGGGUCCACAAUUUCUUCACCAGCCUAUUGACACCUGGCCAGAGCUACAAAUGGAAGUAGCUCAGGAAGAAGAUGAGGAUGAGCUACGCAAGACAGUGUUUUGUGCAGCAGCUACCUGUCCUUCUCAUGAGGUGGAUGUUACUAACAUCGACAACUGGGAUGACCUCGUUAGAGCCACUCAUAUGAGCCUUCACGGGGCGGCCAAAGACCUGGCGAGCCCCACCAUGACAGCUGCAGAUGUACAAGAAGCUGAACUACAUCUCCUACGACAAUCCCAAAGUGAGACCUUCCAGGAAGAGGUGAAACUCCUUGCUGUGGGGAAGUCCAUCUCCAAACAAAGCCGCCUAAUCAUGCUUGCUCCUGAGUAUGAUAUAGCUGUCGGGCUGAUAAGAGUGGGAGGCAGGCUGCGAAGAGCAGAAGAUCUGGAUCUAGACACCAUGCAUCCAAUUAUCCUUGACCCAAAACAUCAUGUUACCAGGCUCCUCAUCAAGAAAUAUGACAACCAGCUCCUGCAUCCAGGUCCCGAGCGUGUGUUCGCUGAAAUUCGGAGAAGAUACUGGAUCCUACGCGGAAGAGAGUCCAUCAUACGGCAUCAGUACAGCUGUGUGGAAUGUCAAAAGUGGCGUGCUAGUCCUGUAGUCCCACAAAUGGCAGACCUUCCCCCAGCAAGACUCCGUCUAUACAAGCCACCUUUCUGGUCUACCGGAGUGGACUGCUUCGGCCCUUACAAUAUCAAGGUGGGUUGACGCACAGAGAAGCGAUGGGGGAUCAUCUUUAAAUGCAUGACAACGAGUUGUGUGCACCUCGACCUGCUGGAGAGCAUUGACACUGAUGCUUUUCUGAUGGGAUUACGUUGCUUCAUCGCUCGACGUGGCAAACCCUUUGAAAUCCUGGCCGACAGAGGGACCAAUUUCCGAGGUGGAGCGGCUGAACUACAGACCAGCUUCCAAACUUUAGAAGCACCUAUCCAAAAGCAGCUGGCUGGACAGAAAAUAGAGUUCCGAUUCAACCCGCCAGGUUCCCCUCAUUUUGGGGGGACAUGGGAACGGGAGAUCAAGUCAGUGAAGGCAGCCCUUCGAGUGGUACUGCAGGACCAAACUGUCACAAAAUCUGUUCUGCAGACGGUUUUGAUUGAGGUGGAGGGAAUUCUCAAUGCGAAGCCACUGGGAUAUAUAUCCUCGGAUGCUGCUGAUCCAGACCCAGUCACCCCGAACUUACUACUCAUGGGACGUCGUGAUGCAUCGCUUCCACAAGCCAUUUACGCUUCCAGUGAACUCCUGGGCAGACGGCGAUGGCGACACAGCCAGGUCCUGGCAGACCACUUCUGGUCCAACUUUAUUCGCUACCAUCUUCCUAACCUACAGAAGCGACACAAGUGGCACAAGAAUACAGAGAAUCUUGCAGCUGGACAGGUUGUGAUGGUGGUCGAUUCACAACUGCCCAGGGUCCAGUGGCCGAUCGGGAGGAUUGUCAAGACAUGUCCAGGCUCAGACGGUCGAGUCAGGGCAGCUGAAGUGAGGAUAAAGGGACAGACUUAUCUUCGACCAGUUGUGCGCCUGGUGCGACUGCCAGCUUGGGAAGAUGAAGAUGACUCUGGCUAAACACCUGAUAAGACUUUCCUCUAGUUUUCGAAUUUAUAACUAAAUUCGGGGGCGGCUAUGUCAGAAAGGGUUAUAGUUAUGGCAGUUUUACAAGAUCCAUUUGUAAAGUUACCCCACUCUUAUUUUGGUGGUCCAGUUUGUGACAUCACUUCCUCUAGAUAGUCACUUCCUGUAAAGCCAUUUCUACCAUUUUGUCCAAGCUGUUGGUGAUGGCAGACAGCCCCGUGUGCGUUCAUGACUGAUAUGUAAGUUUGGCCAACCGUAGCACCUCUAUGGAUACAUAAAUAACCUAUAAGUUCAUUCAGUAUCCUUUAUGUCUGUCUGGACAUAUUGUUUGGAUUAUUUAGAGGGAGUUCCUACAGUUUAAUUGUUAUCAGUUGCUAUUCUCGCUUGUAGUCCUCAUUUCACUUCUCUUAAUUUGUGUUAUGUGUGCUAAAUACUGGUUAAUUUGAGUUUUAUUCCAUUUACUCCAUGUGUAUCCAUCCAUGACGUCAGUUCAGUUGAGGUGUGGUAUAAUGCCAGGCUAAUUGGCAGCAUGGUUUAGUAGUGUGGUACUUGCAACAGCAGUACCUUGGUUUGACCACCAGAGGUCCCCGGAGACCAUAUAAUUUGUCAGUGCCUCUGUGGCUGGAAGUCACAAUAUUUACUCGGUGUAACCCUUGAAUGUGCAUCAUUUGGGAAUAUAUUUGUUUUUGCUCAGUCUUAAACGUUGGCAUAUUUAUUUCACCAUUUGUACAGUCCUUUUACAUCAUUCUUUGUAUUUAUUUUCCAGACCACACAGAACCACAGAAAUGUACAGAUGUCCAUACUUCAACUGUCAUUAAAUACGUAAAACUGUC